UGUUUGAGAAGCACCUCUUUCCAGCGGAGGAGAAGUUGCCGAGGGGCCAGAGGUUGAAAUUGAAGGGGUCUUUGCUCGUUUAUUUAGAGAAAGAAAAUUUCAAAAUUCUCCUCGGAUGAUGGCGAAUUAAUAAGUUUUGGAAAAGUAAUAUUCCCUGUGAUAUGGUGUUGGUCUGGUCAUUUAAGUAGCUGUUGAUAUCUACUCCUGGUGACUGAACCUUCAGAGGCUGUAUAUGUGAUUGUCCUGUAAUGACCUCACAAAGUGUUAAAGAAUCAGUUGUCAUGGCUGGGACCCUUGUUUCUAAAGCUUUCAAUCACAAUGGAGUAUUGCAGACUGUUAUUAAACAAGAAGCUAUUGAGAAUUCCAAAAGUCAGUCAUCUCAGAAGCAAUCUGACAAAAAUGUGUCAGGGGGUACAAAUAAUGGUGAAGAAGAGCAACGUGUCGUGAAAAAGCGGGGCUGGCCAAAAGGAAAGAAAAGGAAGAAAGUUUUACCUAAUGGUCCCAAAGCACCUGUGACUGGGUAUGUCCGAUUUCUGAAUGAGCGUCGAGAGCAAAUUCGUAUGCAGCAUCCAGACUUGCCAUUCCCAGAAAUCACACGCAUGCUUGGAAAUGAAUGGAGCAAACUUCCUGCUUUAGAAAAACAGCAUUAUUUGGAUGAAGCAGAAAAGGACAAGCAACAGUACCUGAAGGAACUUAAAGAAUUUCAGCAAACUGAGGCCUAUAAACUGAGUACAGAAAAAAUCCAGGAAAAGAAACUAAAGAAGGAAGAGCUGUGGCCAGGAGUUAAUGGUCCAGUCCCCAAGGCAUCUGAUGAGUCACCAGACAGGAUUUCCAUGUUUGACACCCCCAUUUUUACAGAGGAAUUCCUUGACCAGACCAAAGCUCGUGAAUCAGAAUUACGGAAGUUAAGAAAGUCAAAUGUGGAAUUUGAAGAGCAGAAUGUUAUCUUACAAAAACACAUAGAGACUAUGAAUAAUGCCAAAGAGAAACUCGAACAGGAGUUGGCACUGGAAGAGAGACAAACACUGACAUUGCAGCAUCAGCUACAGGCAGUACGCAAGGCCCUGACUGCCAGCUUUGCUUCGAUUCCCAUUCCAGGUACUGGAGAAACACCAACAGAAGGAACGCUUGAUACAUACAUGGCCAAACUCCACAAUAUCAUUGGGAGCAGUCCCAUUGAAUAUGAAAAAUUAGUUGGAAGAGUGCAGGAGAUCAUCAACCAGCUAGAUAGUGAUAAGUUAUGAAGAUGGGAAGAAAUGUUAAAGUGCAAAAUAACCAUAUCCAUGGUAUUGCAUCAGAGGCGGGCCGCAAUUUGUUGGAUUUUUAAAAAUAGCUAGUUUCCACCAGAGACUGUUGAUAAAUUUAUGCAAAAUGUUAACAUUUUAUUAUCCUUAUGACUGUUGCACAUAUUUGAUCUACUGGUUUUGAUAAUCCUAAAAUCUAAUGGGAUAUUUCUGAUUUGAAGGGUCUUGCUCCGUCUUGCAUGCAUGUUCAAAAUGUUUGAAUACCUUUUAAUAUAUGCUAAACUAGUGUAUGAAUUGAAUUAUGUGCAAAGACAGAGACUUCAAGCUAUCACAGCCAGGAGGUUCUACAUUUAAAUGAAUUAUUUUCUGUCUGAUUUCUAAAUAGUUGCUGGUAUUUUGUACAACCGAAGGCUUGAGCGUUACAUUUUUACUUGAUGCAGUAAUGAUCUUACUGUUUGUUUAUCUUUUAGUAUUGUUUUCAAACACUAUUUUUAAAUAAAAUGCAUUAUUUUCCGGUGCAAAAAUUGCUAGACACAAAAUGUCAGCAACCAUUUAUAGUAUUUUACACCAAUAUAAGUAAUAUAUUCUGGACAAUAACAUGAAAUGAAAGUAUUGGAUUGUAUGAAUUUGUUCGGAAUCUGAGAUACGGUCAGGAGUUAGAAAUUCUAUUGCAUUUUAUUAGUUAAGAUUACAUCCCAUAAAAUGUAAGGGAAUGUGUAUAGUACAAGACCUGGGGAACACGCCUCCUCGAGCAAACAAUUCCACUAUAGAAUUUCUUUAUUGCACUUGGUAUGAAAAUGCUGCAGUUCUUUUUUUUUUAAAAGUUACCUACACAUAGGUUGUAAAUUGUAAACAUUUCUGUGCUCUGUACUAAUCAAAAUUGAUCCAGUUAAUAUCUGCAAUAUAUACAUUUUAAUUACAUUAAUUCAGUAAAUUAUUUGAGGUGACAUUAGAGUAUUGACAAUUAAUUCAUGAUAGAGGAAUAGAAUUAUUUUUCAUGUAUUCAUGUUUUUGUGACUUUUACUGGUGGUUGAAAUUUGUGAAACAGAGCUAUGCUAGUGAAGUCUUUUUGAAUACUACUGUUCGUAUAAACCUAAUAAAAAUUGUAUGGUAAAAUCAGUGUACUCAAAUAAAUAUAUUUGCAUUACAUCCGUUCU